UACAUCAUUCUGAGGUUCUCCCGUGAUUACGUCGGUUGUUUCGCUAUUUUGUCAAUUAUCGAAUUACGGUCAAAAUUCAUUUUAAGUUUAAUAUGAUAAAUCAAACGUCGUGAAGUCAACUAUGCUUGAAAUAUGCAGUCGGAAAAGUGUUUACCCCCGCCAGUCUCCAUCGACCACAGGCAACUUCUGUACGAGCUGAAAAAAUCGGUCGAUUUGUGGUUCCUCAGUCGCCGUGACUGUCUAGACGAAAGCAUGGACGAUGGGGAGAGAUUCUUUCAAGUGCUACUAUCGAUAAAGAACAUUCUCACGGAUGGAUUGUACAAAAAGUCCGAUGUAGAGGGCGAGACGACCACUUCCGACCUUAUCACGCAGCUCAAUUGGCUCACUCCAUCCAUAAACACUGAGGAGAAGAUGAGCUGUUUUCCGCCGCUCCAGCUGAAAGACCCUCUGGCGCUGUGGAUCUACACGAACUUCCAGAACGCGACGCUUUGUGCUCGGUUGCAGUUGUUCGUCGCUGAUUUGGAGCUGUUGACAUCGUUCUAUGGUGACGAGGCGUUCCUAAACAACGACAGAUAUGCAACAGCACUUUUUAUCUGUCUGUCAGCGAUUGAGCUGAAUCAAUCCAGUCUGACAAGUCAAAUUGACGGGUCUUUGUACGCGACCCACAAUUUAGUCAUUCCCAAACACAAGCGCUCGAAUUCACACCCUCAUUUCUCAAUUUCGCCGACGAAAGCUUCGCAGAUAUCACUAUCACGAGUGGACUCCAUCGACAGCUCAACAGAACCGACGCAGCCCAGGAAACCACUCAAUGUUCAGUAUCGACUGCGGGAGUGGAAAAGUUUGCCAAACAUUCGCACGUCAGUGCCGUACAAAAGAACGCGAAGCAAAACAUUUUCGCAAGCUACGUGCAGUCACGACUAUGCCUCCAGGGAUGUGAAUGUUCCGUCAUUUCCAUUGACCCCGAUUCAAAGUGUCCCCAGUUGUUCGUACCAGACGCCUUCGCAGAGAAACUUGACCGCGCCCAGCACAAGUAAAGGACUCACAACUGAAGAGCUAGUGCCCAUCAACCUAGUGAAAUGCGACGAUAUUAAAAUUUACUUCGAUCAAGGCCACGAUCAUGACAGAAAAGCGUCUCCCGAUGAACGACCGGACCUCAUCGAGUACGACUCUCCGCCGAAACCACUGGGUCCAAUCCACUUCCUCUCUUGCAUCUCCACCAAUUUAUUCUCACUCACUGAUACCCUCCCGAAGGACGCUACGGCUUCGGCCUCCUCCAGCUUCUCCAAUUCAAACGACUUUAUGAGCGUUUUCCUCCCUCAAGAAGGGAAGAAACUGAAACGGUUCUCCCAUUCGCUAUUCGAGGACCGCGACGACAAUCUCCACAGUAUUUUAGAUAAGCGUCUGCCAGCGAAUGGCCAGAAUUUGUCGCAGUUCCUGCACUCGGUGCAGUUCUCGCACAACAAUACGGACCUUGAGCGAGAGAAUGCCCAUUUCAGCAUGUCAGAGGCGAUGAUUUGCUUGCUGGAAAAGAUGAAGUGCUCAAAAGUUGAACGGAAGAAGCAGCCAAUUAAGCGAUCGGAUCCACAGAAGUGCACGCGGAGCAGGGCGGCAGGUGGCAGUAAUUGUGCUCACGAAACUAUGGGAAGUUCUAGCAAAAAAUUGCUUCUAGGCCAAUCUAGCGUCGGACGCAGCGUGUCAUCUUUUUCGGAAAUGGAGGAUUCGCAAGAGGAUUCUGAUAUGCUUACCGAUGGCAGUAUUGAUGGCCACAGUGAUGAUCUCACGAAGGAUGUGACCCAAACGAAUCAGUCUAGCAACGAUCACACCGCUUAUGCCGAAUGGGGCGGCGAGAAUACUUUGGAGGCUCUUUCGGCCGAAGGCGUGGCUCUUUCUCUCAUUUCUAGAUUUAGCGACUAUCAGUUACCACGUGCUUCCGACAUAACAUGGCUGGUCUCUCAUAAGGACGCUCCACAAGACCUACUUCCACUUCCCAGAGGAAGUCCUUCUACUGACCCGGAUGAGACCUAUGUUCCUCCGGUUAUCAGAGGGACACGCGAUUGGGCUCCACCUCGUCAGCAGAUAAUUUUCACCGAUCAUCCUAAUCCGAAUCGGAAACAGGUGCUGCAACAGCAGAACAACCGAUGCACCGGGUGCGGGAUGCGGGUCUACCGCGCGUAUGUGAAUCGCUUCCGCUAUUGCACGUAUUUAGGGAAGUAUCACUGCACAGGAUGUCACCGCAACCAAAUGUCCAUAAUCCCCGCUAAAGUAUUGGAAAAAUGGGAUUUCUGCUAUUAUCCCGUUAGUGUCUUCGCUUACAGACUUCUAGAGCAAAUCUGGACAUAUCCAUUGUUUUAUGUGCCCGAUUUGAACCCUUCCCUCUACGUGAAAAUCAGGAAUUUGAGUAUUAGCAGACUGAAGCGCGUCCAAUUGAAAUAUAUCCAGGACUUCAUUAUUACGUGCCGAUUCGCCGUUGAAGAAAAGAAAUUAUUUGACAAUAUUGCGGCUUAUGUAACGUUAGAACCGGAUAAGUGGUCCAUGUUUGACUUCGUUGCUGUGAAGGACGGAUCGUUUCCUAAGACUGUGACAAGUUUUAUAUUGAAAUGUGAAGAACAUAUUUUUAAUUGUGAGCUUUGCACUGCCCGCGGUUUCAUAUGCGAAAUCUGUCCAAAAAAGCAAGUGAUAUUUCCAUGGCAAGCGAAAGUGAAACGUUGUGAUAACUGUGGAACUUGUUUUCAUCAAAAGUGCUGGGAAAAUGUUGCAGAUUGUAUGAAGUGCCAAAGACUGAGAUCACGGAAACAGAAAUUUAGUUGAAACUAUUUUCCCUGAGUAUAUUAUAACAUUAUAAAAGAAAAACAACCAACUGAAAUAUGUUCCACAAAAGACAAACAUUUCAAUUAAGACCCGUUUUCCGUCGAAAAAUUUGCAUAAACCUCAUCAUUUGAGUUCAAGUAUUUUUACGUGUGCGUGGAAUAGAUAUCAGUUGCUAUUGCCGGUAGUAAUUACUGAUAUGUAUACAUAGACAUUGUGAUAUUUUAAAUGUUAGGUCGAUAGAAUAUUUUGUAUAUUUAUUGUUGAGGAUGAAAUUGUUAUGAACUUUUGGUGUAGUAUUAUGCAGAGUGGACAAAUAUGACACAAACAAUUUUAAA